AAAUACAAACCUGCUGACAGAUGCAUGAAGCCUGUCUCAACAACAACACCCGAAAGUGUAAAAAUACAGAGAUGCUUUCCCUCCGACCCUCUUGCUAUGCUUCCCCCACUCCCUGAUACCCCACUGACCUUUAUCCCCAGAAAACUACUCACUCUGGAACAAUUCAAAGAACUGAACAUCAACAAAUACGGAUUCCUUUGGCCUGAAGAAGAAAAACUUGUGGCAUGGGUUCUUCAUACCCAUGAAAAAGUGUUCACUUGGAACAAGCAAGAGAUGGGAUUAUUUUGCAGUGAUUACUUUGACCCAGUCCGAAUUCCAAUGAUUGAACAUAUACCCUGGCAACAGAAGAAUAUUCCGGUGCCCCCUGCUUUGUUACCAAAGGUCCUGAAAGCAUUGCAGGACAAACUAAAUGCGGGGAUCUAUGAGCCCUCUCAGACCUCCUACUGA